AUGUUUCAAAAAUUAUUAUUUCGUCCAAAACCAUCACCAAAGGAUCCUGAGGAUCCCAAGCAUACUGAAGCUUUAUUGGAGAGUAACUCUUGGUCACCUCCAAACUUUGACACCAAACAAAUCCGUGUAAUUCUUUGUCAAGAUACGGGUGACAAGGUUAAAUUGACAUUGUUUGAUUCAGCCUAUUCCCUUAUCUCAAAUCCCACCACCAAAUCGCCUGAUAAUCGAGAUCGAUCAAAGAAUACUACAGCUAAUACCUCAGAGUUAUCAUCAUCUUGGAGUGGCAGUGGUGGUAGUAUAUUAAAUGGACAUUUUAUUCAAAAAUCAACGGCUGCCAUUAAUAUCAGAUCAUCAUCCACAAGUACCACCACCAGUAACAACAUUAUUAAUAAUAACAAUGAGAGUAAAAGAAGAAAUUUGGAUUCUGUGAAUAAAAAGGCAAAUGCUCGAACUUUACCUCCGUCAUUGAAUCGAAAUAAUGCUGGACUUGGAACUCCUAAAAAAGCAAUUCAUAAUAUCGAUUUGAUUGGGGAAAUGAUGUUUGGUGCUGUUCCUUUAUCAUAUAAAGGAAUGAACACAAAAAUUCACUUCAUAAAAAAUCCAAAACCUCAAAUCUUGCUAACAAAACUAUUUUCUAUAAAUCCCGCGAAUUUGGAAUCAAGUUCACCUGGAAGACGAAGCUCUAUUUCUUCAGUAAAUAGUGAUACAUCAAUUGCAUCUUCUACACAAGGAACCUGUGCACCGAUUAAUAUCACCACCCAAGAGCCACGUAGUAUUUCACAAACACUUAAAACUAACAAUAAUACAUUCCACAUCGAAGAUUGUUCCGAAUCUAGUGAUGACGAUUCAUACCAUGUUGUCUCUUCAUAUUCAUCUCCACCAUAUUUUUCUAACGGGCCACCAAUUCUUGGUUUGAGAACUAAUGAUUAUUCUAUCUCACCAACAUCAUCUUUAUCCACUUCUCCUCGAAGCACUUUCAUUAAUCGAAGAAUAAGGAGGUUUAGUCAAACUAGUUUGGAAAAAGGUGUGUUUAAUCCAACUCCAUUACCUGGUGGGAUGGCCCGUUUAGAUUUUUCAUCUGGAAAUAUAAGUUUGAAAUCUCCAGGUCGUUCUUUGAUGUAUGCAAUUGGAGUCGUGAUAUCACUGGAGGAUAAUGAGUUAUUAGAAGAAUUUAUCUUUUCUCAUUUUACAUUAUUAGAAAACAGAUUACACCAACUUCAUUCAGCUGCAUUAAAACUACUAUGUACUCAUCUCAGGAGGUCUUCCGGAUCAGCCACUAUUACUGGUCCUAAUUCAAUAUUUAAUCCACUGAAUAGAACAAGGUUAUCUUUAUCAUCUCUUUCAUCAUUAAUGUUUCAAAAUGAUCAAUCUUGGUUAGAAACUGUAAAUCGAUUCAAGAAAUCAUUAUGGGAAUUAUAUAGUACGCCGCGUAUCCAGGAGCCAUUAUGGUUGAACAUUUCGACUUUUCCACAAAGAAAGAACAAAUUAGCCAAUAGCCUAAUGACGGAAUUAUCUUAUUUAAUUCAAAAAUUUGAUAAACAAUCAAAUUCAUUUUUUAUUUCUACAUUGAUAACUAGUGUUCUGAUGUAUCAUUUAGGUUGGGUUCCUACGGUAGCUCCCGCAAUAGAUUUUGAUGAACAUAAUUUAUUUUACGAUCCUUUGUGGGCACAACUUGGAGAUUUGUAUGGUAAUUUGGGGACACCAACAUUAAGUCGAACAAUCAUAAUUGGAAAAGAUGUAAACAUGGUUAGACGCAUUAUUUUUAUACUUAGUUAUUUUAUUCGAUGUAAUGAAGUAUAUGAGAAUAAGGAACAAAUGAUUCCGUUUGAUUCUAACUUCAAUGGACAAAAAAAAUCCAUGAUUGAUAUUAUGAAUGAAGCAAAAUUUUCAAAAAAAGAUAUGAUGAAUAAUGGUGAAACAGAUUUAUAUUCAAAUAAUAAUCAUUAUUCAUCUGAUGGUGAUGGUGAUAAUAAUAAGCAAAAAAGGUUGAUAAUUGAUGGCUCCAUAUCAGACCUUUCUAUAGAAAAUUUUAUGGAUGUGCCAAUACCAAAGUCAGCAAAUAAAUUCACCAUACCAGAUACAAAAUUAGAUACUACAAAAACUGAAGAUGAUGAUGAUACAAAGUUAUUGUAUCGUGCAGAUCGAUUAUUUGUCAAAUCCUAUGGUAGAUCAUUGAUGGUCGGACAUUGUAAGAAUUAUAUGUCAGACUUUGUAUUAAUGGGUAUACCUAACCUUGAUGAUCAAGAUUUAUUAUUGUUAGAAACAGAUCUGAAAGACUCUUUACAGCAAUUUUCCUUACAGUUUACAGUUACUAAAACUAUUUGUAUAUUAGGACAAUUAUCUAAUUUCAUGUGUACAACUAGAGGUUAUGAUUUGUAUAGUGCUCGUCAUGCUGUUGAUGAUGAUUCUGUGACAUUUGAAGGAAGUGAAUUCAGAAACAGUGAGGGAUUUAUUCAGCAGCAACAUUAUUCAAAAUAUGUUUACAAUAUGUUACAUCAAUGUAAAGAUUUAUUCACUGUUUCAGGAAUGUCAGCAGAAUCUGCAAGUGUUUUAUUAUUUUAA